ACAUGUAACGCGACAAUGCAACUUAUAUUAGUAAUUUUGAUAAUUUAUCACAUUCUGCUGAGCACUUGUAAUUUAUCUCAGCAUGAAAGAAAGUUUCUAUAUUUUGCAUACGGCAGUAAUCUCUUGGAUAGAAGAAUGCGAAUAAAUUCGCCAUCUGCUGUUUUUAUAAUGCCUGCAAAAUUACCGCAUUACAGAUUAGAUUUUGAUAAAUAUUCGGCUAAUUGGCGUGGAGCAGUUGCCACAAUCGCUGAAGAUUUUCAAAGUGAUGUGUGGGGAGCUAUUUGGGCAGUUGAUAAUAGAGAGAUUGCAGCUUUAGAUGGACAAGAAGGUGUGCAUCGAGGUCUAUAUUAUCCAAAGUAUGUAAAAGUUCUCACUCCCGAGGGUCACGAAGUAAGCGCUCGCACGUAUCAGCUAAUAAACAACCCUCCAAUGGUUUCUUCAGAAAACUUACCUCCUGAGAGGCGACCUAGCAACACAUACUUACAGGUUAUAGCAUUAGGUGCAUAUCAAUGCGGUAUUCCUGCUCACUACAUAGGAUACCUUUAUACAUUUCCCACAAAUGGACAAAUUUCAGUUGUAAGUUUACGAAAACAGCUUGGUUAUCCGUUUAAUACGACAACCGUACAAAAUAUGAAAUAAAGUUAAU